AUGGUGGAGGAGCAACAGGUGCUGAUGCAGGAUGUCCGAGGCCAUCUCCUGGGCCGCCUGGUGGCCAUCGCGCCCAAGCAGGUGCUUCUAGGCCAGAAGGUAAUGGUUGUGCGCUGUGAGGGCAUCAACAUUUCUGGCAAUAUUUACAGAAACAAACCGAAGUAUCUGGCCUUCCUCCACAAGCGGAUGAACACCAACCCAUCCCGAGGUCCCUACCACUUUGGAGCCCGAAGCUGCAUCUUCUGGCGGGAGGGUGCGAGGCAUCCUGCCCACAAGACUAGGGGAGGCCAGGCCGCCCUGGACUACCUCAAGGUGUUUGAUGAGAUCCUGCCACCCUAUGACAAGAAAAAGAGGAUGAUGAUUCCUGCCACCCUCAAGGUGGUGCGUCUGAAACCUAUGCGGAAGUUUGCCUACCUGGGGUGCCUGACUUAUGAAGUUGGCUGGAAGUACCAUGCCAUUACAGUCACCCUGGAGGAAAAGAUAAAGGAGAAGGCCAAGUUCCAUUACUGGAAGAAGAAACAGCCCAUGAGACUAUGGAAGCAGGCCGAAAAGAACAUAGAGAAGAAGAUUGACAAAUUCAUAGAGGUCCUCAAGACCCAUGGAUUCCUAGUCUGA